UGACACAGCGAUAGCCGAGCUAGCUUAAAGUGGUUCAAAAUAUUGAAUUUUCUUACAGUGGAUCUUCCAAAAAGUGACGCAUUUUUAGGAAUAAAUGUAAUUUGUGAGGCAUUAUACAGUUUUGAUAAUACUUUUUGCACCAGCCUUCAGCAUUCACUCAUUUUUGGAUCCAAGCUGGAGCCAGUGAAGAAAUAUUUAGACAUCUUACUCAUAUUUUGAAUUUGAAACUAUAGCGUUGAAGCAGUGUUAUUAUGCAAUUUUGUGUGAAGCUCAGACAAUCAAAAUAAACUACCAAGAGGUAGUUAAUGAGCCAAAACUUUGCAAAAAUCAGAAGACCUUUUCAUAAGUAAGUGGGGGGUAAAUAUCCUGCCUGCAUUGUUAUCUCGUAUCAGAAAUAGUUAGUGAGGGAAUUCCAGCUUGUGUCUCCUGAAGAUAAGGAAAAACAGUCAACCCCACGAGUCUGCCUGCCUCCCACACCACCAUGCAGAACAGAACAUCGCCCUCUCGCCGCAGUAAUAGUCUGAAUAUGCAAGUGCAGAUGAAACCUAGUGAUGAUUCUGCUCAUGGCAGCUGUGUAGCUAUACCAACCUCGACCCUCUUGAACCACUUCAUCCCCACGUUUACUGGCGGCCAACAAAUGGCAGUCGCCCUAUCUUUGGCACUCCCUGAGAGAUCGCAGUUGGACGGAGCAGCCGACAGUACCACGCUGACCCCCGAACUCACUCCUAAAUCUGAGUCUAUUUCACCGUCUCUUUUCCAAGGUAAUCAUGCUUAUUCGCUCGGUCAAGAGAGCUCGGUUAUAUUUUCUCAUGCCACACGGAAAAGUUUGUUAGAUAAAAGCAGUGGUGGAUCUUCCAACAACGGACGAGGUGUCAUACGCAGUCGAAGCGAUGAUGAUCCCUUGCAGAAAGCCGUGAACGUGAUUUUGAAUGGCAAAAGUGAUGAUUUAUCCGAAAGUGUCCCGAGUGAAAAUCGUGCGGGAAGUGAAAGUUGCAAUAAAAAAUUUGCUCAUGAUGUUUCUUUGCCUCUCUCAUUGAAUUCUGUGACUUCGAAAUCAUUUAACGGCCGAGGGAAUAUUUCUACCAGUGUUCCGUGUAGCAACGAUGUCUCUGUAGACCAAAGACCCAGCAUUUCUUAUACAAAAAUCACUAGAGUACCUCAGCCUUUGAAACCAAUAAACUUGCGUUUAAAUCCACUGAUUAGAAGUGCAAUUUCUCCUGUAGUGACUUCACCUUUCAACAUUUCUUCCUCCUACUCUCCAAUAUCACCUUCUAUUUCUACCGCACCUUCAGCUGCAGAUAUUUCAGGUGCUACAUCGGAAACUGGUUCAGUUUUCACUUUUGAAUCCGCGGAUGAUCGUCAAAAUUUCACAUUGAAUCAACUUACGAAGCCUGCGUCUCCCGAGUCUGAAAGCAUCGCACGGGAACUAAAGGAACUUCAACAGAGAAGUGGCUUGGCAGUUUCCGUGAAUUACCAGUCAAGCGAAUCAGAAAUAACUCCAGACUGCACAGCUGACAGUUCAGUGCUCAAUGCUGAACAUUCGCCAGGAAAAAGCUCAGCAUUGCACCAAAACCAGGACCUGCUGCAAGACUACAGCUCGGAGAAAUACGACUGCACCUCCAGUCAACUGCAGCUCCGCACAGCACAAACCUCCCCGGACGAUUCCGCGAUUUUCACCAGUGACGCCAGAAAUUUUCCCUCUGAUCUGAACAGUUCACCGUUUAAUCAGUUGUUCGCGAAUAAUACAGUCACAGUUUCAUCGAGCCAAGAAGCUACACCGUCCCCCAUUGAAGGGGCUGGCGGAUCAACAAGUGUUAGCCCCAACGACUCCCCAUUGAACGCGGGGCCGGUCUCACCAUCGCAAUCAACCUCAACUUCCCAAAAUUCCCACAACGUUUCCCCACACCACCACUUCUCGCCGCCAUAUCAAAACAGCAGAGAACCUUCGUUGAAUUCCAAUCUUUUGGUUCGUUCUAUUUCAUCCAAUGCAGAGUUGUCUAGCUACUCAGCGCCACCUCAGUUCAGCCGAUCUGAAGACUAUUUUCACGAGAAAAAUAGAACUAAUGAGCAGUUUGGUGACGCUAGCGAAAAAUAUCCUGACUUUGUUUUAAAUAAAGCGUAUAACAGAUGCCAGCCACCAGUCAAUCCUACAAGUGGAGGGAAGAUCAUUAGUUUCGGAGUGAGUUCAGAAACUGAAGCUAAUGCAAGCGGCCAAUCUCUUCAGCAACUGAGAAAUUUUGGCCGAAGUUUUUCGGUGCCCGUGACACAUUCGACUGGACUCGUUCCUUCACAAUACUCGUCGUUUAAUCGUCCAGCGAACAUAAAUAGGUAUAACUCAACCGAUACUUCGUGUCAAGAACUGCAGGGUCAACAAGAUUUUUCGAUUCAACCUCAUCGUCAACAAGGAGGCUUGCAGUCUGUCAAUGCCCAGCCUAAUAGCCCGUCGACCAUGUUCAUGCACGAUAGCAACCAGUACGACAUCAGUGGCAGCAGCAAUAACAGCAACAGCAGCACCAAUAGCAUCAUGUACAACGGGGAAAGAAGCAACGUUUAUCCCAGCGCGACUGACGCUUCUGUCGGGGCCUUUUGGCCGCAGCACAGCGCCGACUACACGGAAUUCAUGCACCACGCAAAACCAUCACAAGCGGCGAGUGUCCCGUCUGCAUCCACGAUGACCAACAGCCUCACCUCCAACCUCGCUGCCAAUAUUAACUCUGGAAUAUCGUCUAAUCUCCCGGGCAAUUACUCCACUUUCCCCAAGACCUACAGCUACGGCAAUGUUGUGCCUCCUUCCUACCAUUCUUCUUAUUCAUUAGGUAGCCAAAGAGCUAUGCAGAUGACAUCUGCACCUCAAAUGGCUGCUCUCAAUCAGGGACUUCAACAAGCUCCUUCCUCUAUGUCUGCACUACCUCGGCCUGCUGCAGCGAGCUAUUAUAACGUACCUCUGGGCUUUGAUAGUUCCCCAUGGACCUACGAACACUACCCGGCCGCUCCUGCUGUUAAGACCGCAUACGCCGCGCUCACAUCGGAUGACUUUUGGUCAUCAUGCGAUGGCCGCGAGUUGCGUGAAUGCGUGAACUGUGGAGAGUCGCAGACACCGCUGUGGCGGCGUGACAUCACAGGACAUUACCUGUGCAACGCUUGUGGUCUUUACACGCGCACCAACGGCAUCAACAGACCCUUGGGCAAGACCCCUACAAGGCGUCCAGGCACGCGUAAAGUAGACCAAGUGUGCACCAACUGUCAGACGACUGUGACGUCGCUGUGGCGAAGAAACCCUGCUGGCGAGCCCGUUUGCAACGCAUGUGGACUUUAUUUUAAACUGCAUCAGUCCAACCGGCCAGGGUCUAUGAAGAAAGACAGCUUACAGCGCCGGAAGCGAAAGUCGAAAACGGGCGAAAAAACUCGCGGUGGUUCAGGCUCCUCUUCGUCCAAGAAAUCUUCUUCCGAUACUGCCACGUCUCUCGGUGUUGGCAAACUCAGAGCUUCGACUUCCUCUGCAGCGCAGUCAGUGACCAUGAAAGGUGCAUCAUCGUCUUCCGCCGUCGAAGGAUCGUCUUCUGCACAAUACUUCACACCGAAUUCUUCGUCGUCAUCGUCUGGACUAAUCACAGACACGUCAGUGGCAGCAGCAGGUGUCGGUACCACGGCAUCACACAAUACAAGCGCCACGUCAGCACCAGCAGCCGACCAAGAGACUAGCAAAAUACCUACCACAGUUGUGAAAGUGGAACAAGGAAUCGGCGGGACUUUUGAGACGAAUGCCAGUGCUGUCUCAAACUUCUCAUACUCCUACGGUUCGUCAGUGUACGGAAGUCAAGAUUAUGUCAACACUUUUCCCUCAAGCAAUACCUCCAAUACGACGAUUGCCCUCUCCUCUGCCAGGGAUUCGCAAACAAUCUCGUACACAUCAUCUUCCCAGACCCCUACGGUUCUCGCCAGUUCUCCCAUACCCACAACGACCGUAGCAGAAAACGUUGUCCUCAACUCUGGGUCGUUCUUUGAGCCUUCCGCUGAUGCUUUCAGGGAUUUUGAACUAAAAGCUCCACAAAUCAACAAUUUUAGUUAUUCCGUCCUUCCAAACGACAUAUCUAGUACCACCUACCAAGGCUGUCAAGUAAAAAAUGAGCCUUCGUCACCAGGUUCGCGGACUGAAAAUUUGGAUGUCGAAGGCUCCUUGAACAAUUCGCCCGCCAGUUUGCCGGUGGCAGCAGCCGACCGUUCGGCAAUUCCGAAUUUCUUUUCCCAGCAAAAUCCCUACGAGACAUUAGCCGGCAUGAGUUCAAUGAACUCGGCUACUAAAGGUGAGGGGAUCACCAUGAGAUCCAUUGACUAUUCCAACACGACACUUACUUCCGCAACUUCCACGCCUGAGGUGUCAUUGACCUCGGUCCAGAUAGCCGGAGGGUCGCCCCCAAGCGCCCACAACGUUUCUUACAGCAACGUACCUGUAGAAGCCUUGGCGCAUUCCACCUACACCAUAUCGUACGAGUCUGACCAAGUGCCUCUUGCUACCAAUGGAUCUGCUGGUCAAAUGAUGGCUGCUUCACAUGGUGUGAUGACAUCAUCGGCUGCAACGCCCACUUCCUACAGCGCAUUUUCGGCAGAAGAUCUGAGAAAAAGCGCACACCAGUGAUUAAUUAGCGUGUGUCAAAACAUUCUUGCUUGUUGUUUAUAUCAUUAUGGUAUUUCUUUGUUUUUAAUGUUAAUAAUUUUAAAUACGACUUAGGUCACGAGAGAAUUUUGAUUGAAGAAACGUGAAAUGUUGUUGAUACUUCUUGACUGAACUGACUACACUUGGUUCUCUCAAAUGAGAAAAUUUUAAGUGGCUGUUUCCGAUUGUUACUAGGGCUCAAAGUUUGGAUUAUGCUCUAAUUAUUUUUUGUCUUUGUUUGUUGGUUUUUUUCUUUCUAGAAUAAUAAUUCGUGGAUUGGUGUUCGUUAAAUUCAUUAACGAAUCUAUCUUCUGCAUGGACUCAAUGUCAAAAAUUUGUGUAAACGUCUAAAUCGAACAUGGAGUGUAAGAGCCUGAGCCGUGAUUGCGAAUGUGUUCAAAGCCUUCGAACAUGGGGUUUUAAACCUCUAAUAGACUGGAGUUGUUCCAUGGCUACUUUGAAGUGCGAUAAGUUUGUGAACUAGACUGUUUAAAAUCUCAGGUGAAGCCGCUUCCAAAUAAAACGAACUCAAAUCUUAUAGCGACAUAGCAGGGAUCUUUCCUAAAUUCAAUGCAUCUACGAGAAUAAGUUGCAUAAGCAUUAUAUCAAUUGUCAGCUCUUUACCUUGCGUGAAGACAACCUAGAGCACAAGUAACAAGGUUGCCUCAAUUCCGUUUAAUCCGGAAUUGUACUUUGCCCAAAACUAAACGUAAUAAUACAAGCUAACAUAAUUAUUAGUUUUAAUCUGUAUGGGAAAUUUUUCGUUCUCCAUUUUACUAUCUACUUAUAAGGGUUCUAUACCUCGAAAUUCAAAUCAUUCAUUUCAUGUUUAUGUAAAGGAGUUGUCCAGACGACGCAUUUGCACUUGACUGUUUUUAGAACGGUACCAGACGUUCCCGACUAUCGUCAUGCUCCUGAAUCCUUAUGUAAUAUUUAUCGAGAGCGUUGUAAAAUUACUGCACUGUACAGUAUGUAGAAUGAUGUAGAAGAAGCGCGAUAUCAACGCCUGAGAAAUGUAUGAUUGCGAUAGGAAAUAUGCCGGUGUAUAUCUAACGUGUUACUUUUACAGUUCACACAUGGUUGCAAUUUCAUUGCUCUGAACCCUCAGAAAAUUCUUGGAGCCAAUUUAUUGCUUUAAAAAUUAAGUAGAUCAAUUACUUGCUGAAAUGUUGACUAGUAGGUGUGAUGAUUCAUGUAAAAAGUUGUAAAUGAGUUUCUGAAAUUAUUUGCAUUUCUAAAUGUACCCUAAUAAUUUAAAAGCAGAGUGAACGCCACAGAAAUUCACAGUAUCUUCAUCAAAAAAUGUUUCAGAGACCAGCUCCAUCAUCAUUUCAUCACUUUUUCCGAUUCCAAAUGUGAGGCAUCGUAGUUACGACUUGUUUAAAUUUUUGAUGACUGCGUAUGAGAUAUGAUCCGGCAAAUUUACGAUUCAUGGCCAUUAUUUUAGCUAUUGUCCGAAUUAUUAGGAAGAUAUAUAUUUUUUUAGCGAAUUAUACCAGGCCUUGGUCGUUCACUCUAUCGAAAUCUUAUACUGAAUUUGAAAAGUAUUCCUCGAAGUGCCUUACCCCUGUACAGUAGAUAUGUCAGCGGCACUUUACAAUAUCUUACAAACUUUCAGCCCAUUAUUUUUAUUAUGUAUAUAUAAAUACCUAAAUGUUUUACGCAAACAACGAAAAAGUACAAUUCAAAAAUUAUUUCACAAAGUACAGCUCUUGAAUUGCACGCUACUAAUUGUAUACGAAUAUUUGUCCACGUUCUUUGUUUUAUGGAUAUGUCAGGAAUGAAUGUUGAAAGACAUUCAUGAAUGUGAAUGAAUGUCGUGUCUGGAAUGAAUGUUGAAAGGCUGGACACCGAUGUAAUGAUGCCAGGCUUAAGGAAAAAAACUAUAAUGUCCAAUCGUAUAAUAAUUGUUUAUGUUAGCAAAUUUACAGUGAAGUUUUUUUAGUUAUAAGGUUUUUGUUCGAAAUAAGAGUCGUGAGUUUUCUACGUUACGGAAGCUUGUGCGCUUGUAAUUUAAAAAAAAUAAUAACUUAAUUUAAUGACGCGCGCAAUUGCUUCAUGAGUAACAGAUUUUCGGCGAAGUUGGUUGUAGUUCCAGCUAAUACACGUGGAAUAAAAUUUUUGUACAUACUUUAACAUAGAUAAAAUCAUGAGUUUGGUGUUUUUCUGAUUUUUUCCAUAGCCAUUACACAUAUCAAUUUAAAA